CAUCGAGGUGCGCCCUGCACACGGAAGAAACGGCUUGAACCAGUCCUCCAAGAGGCAGGGCGGCAGAUGCGAGCCCAGCGCAGGAGAGCUGCAAAAGGUGGAUUAACUAAAGCGCACCAGCGAGAGGGAAAGGCACGAACUGGCUGCUUUCGGCUUAGCUUGGCAGCUGCUUCCUGAUUCCGGUUUGCAGCAGCAACAACAGGCGUUGCUGCAGGAAUCGCAAAACAGAGUGUCCAAAGGGGGGAGAAAGCAAGUAUCGCCUCUGCACCCAGGAAUCUGGGGGACCAUGUGGCUGUACUGGGUGGAACCUGGAAGCGAAGGCACAAAUAGAGCCAGCCUUCUGAAUGUGAUGCCCAGGAGAGGAAGGCAAGGUUCUGACCAACAGGUGUAUCUCUGAGACUUUCUUGACACCCAGAGGGAACAUUGGUAAAAGAGACAGCCUCCACAGGAAUGGGUAGCCAUGAGAAAGAUCCAUCUUCUCCUAAAAGGGCACCACCCCCCUCCCGCUGCAACAGCACCGUGUCUUCCAAACACAGCGUUGCUCGGCAGGGCUCUGAAAGCUGGGAGGUGGUGGAUGAGCUACGGAUCCAAAGCGGAGUCAUUCAGGAGCCAGAGAGGCAGGAGGGCUACCUGCUAAAGAAGCGAAAAUGGCCUCUGAAGGGCUGGCAUAAGCGCUAUUUUGUUUUGGAAGAUGGAAUCUUGAAAUAUGCCACGACACGCCAAGAUGUGCUGAAGGGGAAACUUCACGGCUCCGUUGAUGUCCGUUUGUCAGUCAUGUCAGUCAACAAGAAGGCCCAGCGUGUAGACCUGGACACAGAAGAGAACAUUUAUCAUCUCAAGAUUAAAUCCCAGGAACUCUUCAAUAAUUGGGUGGCCAAGCUGUGCUCACACCACCAAGCAGAGAAACUGGAGUCUUCCCAAAGACAGUACCUGACAAGUAGUCAUGGCGGGAGAGCCUCCCAUCCCACACAGGCCUGCAGCUCGCGGCACCGCAUCCUGAUGUCAGAGAGCGCCCCUGCCUUGUCUUCGCUGGCUAGUCCCCGAGACAAGGUGAAUUCCUGGCUGAGUGACAGCAAAGGCCUGGAGAGGUGCUCGGCAGAACUCUCAGAAUGUCAGGGAAAGCUACAAGAACUCAACCUUAUGCUGCAGAGCUUGGACUCUCUCCACCGCAUUCCGUCAGCUCCGCUCAUCUCCAAUAGUCAGAGUUCAGCCAGCACAGAGAGACCCAGGAAGGGGAAGAGAUCCACCCGGAUCUGGUGCACUCAGAGUUUUGCAAAGGACGACACCAUAGGCAGGGUGGGACGUCUGCAUGGUUCUGUGCCCAACCUCUCAAGAUAUUUGGAAUCCUGUCAAAACCAAGCCAUCUUUAGCAUCCCUCCAGAAUACAGCCAGCUGCAGAGAAGUUUCUGGAUCUUAGCUCAGAAAGUUCAUGGUUCCCUCAGCAGCGUGCUGGCCGUGCUGACUGUGGAGCGAGACCGUCUUCAAGAAUUGCAGCGGACCCUGGAUGUGCAGCAUUCUACCAUGCCUUCUGCACAGGGUGGCCGUGGGGGUGGCAUUGGCACUGCAGCAACUGGGACACUGGACAAUCCGGAAUGUAUGCGCCGCUUCCAUUCCCUUUCCAUCUCCUUGGACACAACCUUGGACUCUUUUGCCUCAUUCAACCCUGAUGAGCCAGAUGCUGUGUUGGUUAAAGGUCAGGAGCAGCAGUUGUCCAAUCGCAGCAUUGUGUCUCUCUCCGAUUCACACACGGAGUUCUUUGAUGCCUGCGAGGUUUUCCUGUCGGCCAGCUCAUCGGAGAACGAGGCAACGGAUGACGAAUCCUGCAUCAGCGAAGUGACAAACAGCAUCUUGGAGGAAACGGCAGACAUGGCGGGAGGACCUGGGCAUUGCCACAAAGGCCCAAGCGCCGGGCACUGUGUUGGGGACUCCUCCGAGAUGAGCUUAGGCCUCCCAGUGCCUCUUCCUCUGUACCUCCCUGGGCCGGGCCCUGGGAUCACACGACGGAACUGCCUCCCUGCUUCCCACGUCCAUGCCAGUGAUGUCAGCCUCUGGAACAUUCUUCGCAACAACAUUGGCAAGGAUCUUUCCAAGGUCUCCAUGCCGGUUCAGCUAAAUGAGCCCCUCAAUACGCUGCAACGCCUUUGCGAGGAACUUGAGUACAGUGCCCUGCUGGAUGCGGCCAGCCGCAGCCUGGACCCCUGUGAAAGAUUGCUCUACAUGGCCGCCUUUGCCGUAUCUGCCUAUGCCUCCACCUACUACCGUGCUGGCAGCAAGCCCUUCAACCCUCUGCUGGGGGAAACGUAUGAGUGCGUGCGGCCGGACAAGGGCUUCCGUUUCAUAAGUGAGCAGGUCUGCCACCAUCCUCCUGUCUCCGCUUGCCAUGCAGAGUCUGACAACUUCGUUUUCUGGCAAGACAUGAAGUGGAAAAAUAAAUUCUGGGGCAAAUCCUUAGAGAUAAUCCCUGUGGGUACAGUGAAUGUCCAGCUUCCCAGGUUUGGGGAUCACUAUGAAUGGAACAAGGUGACUUCCUGCAUCCACAAUAUCUUGAGUGGCCAGCGCUGGAUUGAGCAUUACGGUGAGGUGCUGAUUCGAAACACGAGAGACAGCACCUACCACUGCAAGCUCACCUUUUGCAAAGCGCGGUACUGGGGUUCCGGAGUCAACGAGGUGCAGGGCGCCAUUCUCAGCCAUAGCGGCAAGGUUAUCCACCGGCUGUUCGGGAAGUGGCAUGACGGGUUGUAUCAUGGCAUGGCUCCCAUUGGCAAGUGCAUCUGGAGGCCCAACCCCAUGCCUCGGGACUAUGAGAAGAACUAUGGUUUCACUCAGUUUGCCUUGGAGCUCAACGAGUUAACGCCAGAGCUCAAGCGCCUUCUGCCCUCCACAGAUACACGCCUGAGGCCUGACCAACGGUACUUAGAAGAGGGAAACGUGCAGGCUGCAGAGUCCCAGAAACGACGGAUCGAACAGUUGCAACGAGACCGACGUCGGGUGAUGGAGGAUAACAACAUUCUUCAUCAGGCACUCUUCUUCAGGCGGCAAGUAGAUGCCAACGGCAAGGAAUCCUGGGUAAGCAACAGCACCUACUGGAAGCUGAGGGCAGAGCCUGGCUUUAGCAAUAUGGACAGCACUGUCUUGUGGUAGCGGUUAGGAAUUGAAGGAGCGGCUGUGCCUUCCCGCCAUCUCCCAAAGUGGGGGGGGGGAAGCAGACAAUAAGGACCCCCUGCUGGAUAAGCACAAGGUGAUCAAGGCAUGCAAUUCUGAAAUACCAGCACCUCACGAAGGGGAGGGGCGCCCUUCAGCGUUAACGCCAUGCACUUCCAAAGCAACUCUCCUGCACGCACACUUUGAGAAAGGCACCCAUGUUCCAUCUCGCAUUCUUGCACUGCUGCCUGCUGGCUAGGCAGACCUUAGCGGAGCCUUGGGAUUGCCGCAGACGCUGACAAGGAAGCACUUUAGCAUCACCUGGAUGAAAAAGGGACACAGGGCAGAAGCUGUGGGGCAAGUGAGGCAGAAUGCCCCGAAGCAACUUGAAAAUGGGAAGACGCUCUUUUAAUUUUCAAAGCCUGCCUUUUGCUCAAAUAACAGUGGCAAAUAUAUGCUCCAACGAAAGACAACUUACGGGGCACUGAAGUGGUUGUUUGCACAGAGGAGCCUGAGCGCUGGACAUUUUGGGUCCUUUACCUAGCAGUGCCCUUCCGGCGUGGCUGGUUGUGCCUCCCCUCCUUCCUUUUUUUGUUCUUGUGCCAUUUCCCUUUUCAGACAGAUGCUAGGGGUUGUCCUGAGGUAAAACCUGGCCUUGGUUAGGAAUUCCCACUCCAGGAGCAGAUUGAAUAUCGAGCUGUAGUAGCCCUUCGAGGAGACUCUCUUUUCUUCUCUCCACCCAUGGUGGCUGUAGUGUCGGGACAUCAGAUUGGGUUAAUGUACCUGCACCCCAGGGAUGCCUGGUACCUCUGUGGCUGCAAUACCAGGGCCUUUUCCACACCUUAAGGCGGUGCUCCCUGAGUCCUAGCCUACUACCUGGACUGAUAAUAGAGCCAGGACAUUGUGUGUGUAUGUUGGUUUUCCACCCUCCCCUGUCUCAUCUCUGGUAUCACCCUUUCCCCUCCCUAUUAGCUGGGAAUGUAAGCCCCUCCUCCUCCACUACCACCACCACCACUACUGUUCUUCAGCAUUUGAAGCAAUAAUUUUAAAGGGGUGGAAGGUGGGGACACACUAGCACUCCCCACAGCCCUUUGCAGAAAUGCGUACCUCAGCUUCAGGUCAUGGUCUAUCAGAGUUUGUGAGAUUCUGAGCUGCCUUAUGAUGAGUAUGGCGGCAGUGAGGUAGAAAUCAGUGGUGGCUCGUGUUACUGGUAAGGUGGAAGACAGGGGAGCCCAUAGUCAGUGGGGCCAGAGCCAAUGGCAGGCAGAGCCAACUAAUUCUACUUGUGUCCAUCCUGUUCCCUGCUGAGUUCUGCAAAGGUAUCACUGAGAGUAAGGAGGAAGAAGCUGAGAGGCAGAGCCACCCCCCUGGACUGGGCUCCUCCUAGGAGGAAGGGCGGGAUUUAAAUUAAAUUAAUAAAUAGGCAGGCAAGUGAUUGGGAGACUGCCUGAAGACUGCCUGAGGUUGGUGGGGCAGUGCCCAGUUGCCCAAAUGGACCAGCCUCCACUGGUGAAAAUGCUGUGUGUGUCUUUUGGGUGUGCAUGUUUAAGCCACCAUUUUGGGUGUCAUCAUGUCACGGAAGUAAAAUAUAAGCCAAGUUGGUAGAUAGAGGUUUGAGGGGAGGAGGAAGGUAGGGGUUGGUGGGUGGGUAUCUCCCGCAUGGAAGUAAAACAAGCCUGAAAUUUUGAGCUCUUUUUCAGCUAUGGCAAGAAGAAUAUAAGAUAUCCUGAGGCUUGGGUCUUGUUUGUAAGGUCCCAGGCUAUGGUCUGAAGGCACAUGAGGCCAGCACCCUGCUGAAGCUAAGCAGGGUCAGGUCUGGUCAGUGCCUGGAUGGGGGACCGCCUGGGAACUUUAUGUAAGCCGCCUUGGGUUUCUAUCAUGAAAAGAAAAGUGGGGUAUAAAUGUAAUAAAUAAAUAAAUAAUAAUAAUAAUAAAAAAACGGGAAGAGGAGGACAGGUUCUGUCUAAGUCUAGAGCAGGCCAACCUGAGUUGUGACCCACCAAGCCAACACAACCGUGCAAUUGAGACUACCAAGUGCUUGACAAUCUCCACCAUUUUUUGCAUUCCCAGAUUUAUUGAGCCUCUGAUAGGCUACCAUACAUGCUUAGCGUUUGGCUUGGUGGGUUGCAAAAUGCCGUCAUCUCAGUUCCCAGUUUUGUUUGUUGUGGUUUCACACACCCAUCCCUUUCAAACUGUGGGUAGGGAAGUAACUGGAAAAUGCUGUGCAUCUUUAUGCUGAUACAGGGUUCAGGCAUAAGUAUGAGACCUGCAGUGUGCAGAGCUCCCAAGACCACCUUCCAUGUUCCUCCAUUUUGCACAUCUGUCUACACUUUCCCAGCACUAUAAAAAUGAACAUCUCUUGCUGUAGUGGAGAUAUGCAAUGUGUGAAGCGGCCCUUGGUUUUCUAAAUUCCAGCUGUGGCAGCAGGGCAGUCUAGGGGCAUCACAGCUUUUUAUUUAUUUAUUUUAGUGUCCAGAUUCCUGAUUCUUUCACAGCUGGUCAUUAGGGAGAGAAAGUUCAAGCAGGCCUUUCUGCUUGAAAAAUAAUAAAACGAUUGUGCUACCCAACUCCCCCAUUCACUCUGAGGUGUUCAAGCAUCUUUUCUCAGCUCUUCUUGUUUACUGGCUCAGCCUCCCCAUUUAUGGAGAUCUGAAGGAGAGGACAUUAUUAACUGAAUGUCUGCAAAGCACUUUGGUUUCUUUUCUUGCUGGCAAAUGUGUUGGGGACUGGGGCUUUUUUUUUUUGCAUUCGAGGUUCAGCUUUGAUCCCUUUUUUUUAGAUACUUCCUGAAAAGGUUGUGAUAAUUGCUGCAUGGGAGGGGGAACUAUAAUUUCUUUCCCAUUAUCUGCUCCUCCCACUCUGCCCUUUCCUGAGGAUUUCUGCUCUACACACCCAGAUAGGUGUCCUGUCUUUUUGUCUGUCCUUUCUCUAUGUGUGCUGGUUGUCUUUAGUGUCUUGUCUGCCUCUCAAAGCAGGUUGGCCAGCCUGCUGUUGUUCACCCGGCUGGUCCGGUGCCGAGUCACUGUUCCAUCUUCUGCGUCCACAUUGAUUGGCCUCUGUUCUGUCCUUGUGUUGUGGCUUGAACACUCCACGGCGUGUCCAAUAAUAAUUAAAAAAAAAUCAGAAAAGUUCCAGUGUGUGGCAGCCAAUUUGUUAACCCCUCAGGUGAUACACGUGUUUUUCUUCUCAGUGUUCAGAAGCUUAUCCCUUAACCAUCAACAAUUUAAUAACAUCAUCAGCAACAACAAUAAUAGCAUUCACAUAGUACUUAUGCAUAGUGUAUAUUAUUUCAGGAAAUUUUACAAGUUGCACUGGAAUAGAGGCCAGUUUUUUUAUGCCUAUAUUACAGAUGGAGGACUGAGUCACUUUAAGAAUUCAUGGCUGUGGCAAGAUUUAAAAAGGUGAAUUACUGACUGACUAUCUGCCACUAUACUCCAGCACAGCAGCUUUUUAAGAUCAUUUUGACAGAACGGUGUUACUGCAGCCAUCAGCCCUGCGCUUGCUCCAUAAGUGGAGUAACAAGCCACCAGAGGAAGUACUUAGCCAUUCCCAUUAUUAGUACUGAAGGCGCAUAUCCUGUUGCAUUUGACAAGUCUGUUCCCUCACAGCUAGUUUCUGGCUUUUGAUUGGCCAUGCAACUUCCCAGCUCUUAGCAUUUGGGGAUCUUCCUCCUAUGAUUAGAGGCAGCCACUGAAGCUAAUUUGCCUCUGCAGCACUGCAAGGGAGCACACCACUCAGGGCCUUGAGAUGAAUCCACUUGGGGCAGCAGCACCGUGGCUGCGUUUGCAUAUGUACCUGCUAGUAGGGAGUGAAGCAGGAAGGGCACUUGGCACAAACCAUUGGAAUUGGUUCAUUUGACUAACAAACAAUAAUACAUGGGAUUCUCGCCAUAAUCCAGCUAGAUAUGUCAAUAUAAUUGCCCCCAUAUUACGGAUAGAGAUUUUGUAGUGGUGAGUGAGUAGGUGUCCUCAUGCCACCUAGUGAGUCCUGUGGCAGAGUCAAGAUUCAAAUAAGGGGCUUUCUGAUGCACAGCUCAGGUCUCUUAGCCAUUAUACUAGUUCCCUCACAAGGAAUGAUGGUAUCUAUUUACUACCAUCCUCCAAAGUUCGGUAGGGUGAAAAGUGAGGUCCAUACCUGCAUGUCAUUUGAAGUCUGGAAGGCCCUCUUAAUCACCAAGUACCCCACUGCUAAAACAGCCUCAGUCUGAGAGCUGGUUUGCCAUCUCAUUUCUUGAUGAGGGUAAUGCAAGGGUGGGGAGUGAAGGCAGACAGCAUGUUUGAACCUAUAUUGUAGUGGGGGCUCCCCCCUUGAGGCAAAGGGGGAUGAUCCCCUGCCAUAGCCUACCCACCCUCGAGCCCUGUCCAGUAAACAAAACUGCUUGUUUCCCAGAAGUCAGUUCUGGCUGCUGCACAUACACUUCUGACUGCCCACUUGCAUACCUCCUGUUCUGUGCCUGCCCAUCUUUCUUUUUUUGGGGGGGGGGGAGAAAAGCUGUUUGUUGUUUUAAAUCAGUGUAAAAUUGCCUCAGGUAGGUUGUCCAAAGCUAGUGCUCUGCUUAUUCCAAAAUUGCUUUGAUUGGUGCCCCCAAGGCCAAUCAGGAUGCAGCUUUUGUGGCUUGGUAGAGCAUUGCUGAUGGCCGUCCCCCAACCAAUCAUGUUGAUCAGGGGCAUAGCUAGGCUGUAGAGGAAGAAGACAGUAGUUGGCAACUCUUACUCAGCAGACAAGUGGCACGCAUGAGAGGAAAGGACUGGAAGAAGCAAAGCAUGGGUCUGUCUACCUGACGUGAUUAUUUUCAGUAUGUUCUUUUUUCCUUUGGUGGGGACGUAUUCCAUCAUGCGAGCACCCACCCGCAGCCUGAAAUGGUACAGCCCAUACCUCCUAAAUGAAUACUAAUGUCUAGGGGCUGCUUCUUCACAAUACUGUAUAUCUUGUUUCCUGCCCCAGACAGAAGAAAUUCAACAGGUAUGGAAGGGUACAUUUGGCAAACUUCUGCAUGUUGGGGAAGUGCUUGAAGGGACAAGAGCCCAUAAAACAUAGUGUCAAGUACCAAUACUCCCAGUAACCCAAUGGACCACUGGAUGUUGACUAUCUUGCUCCAACGGAAGGGUUGGCAUAACAAAGGUCCUCUGAAAUCAGCACCUGUGUCAGAUCAGCCUCAUGGACAACUGAGGCCCUGACAAGUGUAAGGUGCCAUAAUCAAAGGGGCACAUGGUGACACAUCCAAACACUUAACAGCUUUAGUUUUAUUUAAAGAAAUUCUUACGCUGAAACGAAAACUCACAGGCUUUCAAUAAAUAUUUGCAAUUGUCAAGAAUU